UUAUGGUAAAUAUUUUGCAAUUAAUGCCAAGGAAAAAAAAUAAGGAGAAAAUGUAUAUAAGUAAAUUGCUUAACCACUUACAAAUUAUAUUAAGACUUUAUUCCAUCAAGCUGAGAAGAAAUUCUUCGAGAAUUUCUACGAAUUUACUUCUCUGGUUUAAUCAUGUUUACAUCCUUCUUUCUCCUUUCCCUCUUCACUGCUGGUGUGUUGGCUGGAAGUCUAUGCCCACCUCGAGAGAGCAUCUAUCCUUGCAGUUGCUCGAACAUUCAACUGGGGAAGAAAAAUUAUAUGACUUCAGUGUAUUGCCACCAUGUUCAUAGCUCUGAUUCAUUGGCUGCGAUUUUUCCAUCCUUACGUGCCAUAAAAAUAGAUGUUUUGCACCUGUAUGAUUCUUUCUGGGAGGCUCACAAGAUUGAAAAAGCAGGCGAAGACAAGAGAGUGUUGCCCACAGACUGGCUAACGUUGCUCAAAGUCACGGAGAUCGAUAUCGUAGACACAACGUUAUCGCAAUGUUUUGCCUGCCAAUCCAAACUCGUUUGCAGAAAUACAAUGACUCAAAAGUUUUCAAUCACCAAUAGUUCGUCCCACGAUAAGAUUUGCACACUCUGUGAUUCAGGCAAAAACAACAAGUAUUCUUGGACGAGUUGCAUGAGUCGGUUAAAGCAUUUCCAUUUCAGCCACGGUAAACUAUCCAGCAUCAACUUCGAUCUAUUUCCCUAUGAGAUGAAGGAGCUGACCAUUUUGAAUCUGACCCACAAUGAGAUUGUUACCGUGGAUGCGAAGGCCAUAAAGAACCUCCCACGGCUCAAAACCUUAGACUUAUCCCACAACCUGAUCCAAUAUCUGCACAAUAUGUUUAUCAUUGAAAUGACUAAUCUGGAAUAUCUGGAUGUAAGUUGGAACAAUAUUCAAACCCUUGGAAAUAAGUUCUUUUCAAAACUGCCCAAUUUAGUGACUUUUAAUCUUGCUUACAACACGAUCCAACAACUCGAUGAGAGUGAAUGGGAAGGUGUGCCCAUCAAAAGUCUGAAAAAUAUUGAUUUGACAGAUAAUCAACUGCAUUGUGAUUGCAGCAUUCAAUGGAUUAACAGCACUUUCCCCGUUCAUACAAUGCUGUUAGGCCGAUGUUCAACUCCAGAGGAAUACGAAAACUCUUUGCUAAGAAAAGCUUCCAGAAUGCUCAAUGAAAGAUGUGAUGGAAGUAGUAUUGGCACCAGAAAUAGGCGAACGACAACCCCCAUGUCUAAAAUAUACUAAGAUCAUAUCAUCUGGACGACUAUUAUUUUUAGACAGUUACAAUCACUUAUGAGUUUUUAGAGCAGAAUAUUAAUUUAUUGCAAUGCAUGUGUAAAUAAGAAAAUAACAUAAAUAAAAUUUACAAAAUAAAAAUUACUCUUACAAAAUUAAAAAAAAAAUGAAAUUAAAAAAAAAAAAACAUCUACAAAUUUCUAUUGUAUUCGUUAGAAGUGAAAAUAAUGAAGUAUUUCCUUAUUGGUCUGUUUCUGAUAAAACAAUUUUGACCACUAUAAAAUAAUCCUUGUAUAUUUUUCUCUUCCAAUGCAUUUAAAAAUGAAAACAGAUUAAACUAUAAAUUCAAUCUCUUACAUACACAGAAAAUGCGACUAUUAGUUUGUUGAAAAAAAUCUAUUUAUUAAACCCAAUCAACUUUUUUAGUUAUUUUUAACUAUUUCACACAAAUGAUAUAUUUUUGACUUUUUUUUCAUUGCAUACUGUAACAUUUAUUUAUAGUGUAAUUUGGUCAUGAAAGGUUGAGUAGUUAAAGCUAGUAAAUUCAACUAAUUAAAAUGCCGUAAAACUAUGCAAAAUGUUAAUUGAAUCCAAUUUCCUACUUUUGUUAUUAUUUUUCAUUGUCAUAAAAAAACUGCGAAUAACGAGAGUAAAUCCAUUUGCAUUUUUACAUGGACAAUUGCUUUGAUAAAAGGCAUAUUAACAAUGAAAAUAUUUAAAGUGAUAAAACUGUACCAAAUACUGGGACUCGGAAAGAUAUAAAGAGUUCAUAAACUUCCUUUUAUUAUUUUGUUUCAUAUUACUUUUAUUUUAAUCAGGAUUAAGUUAUAACGUCGUUUGAUUUUGAUGCAUCCGAAACAUUAGGUCAGAAAAUAAUCCUUUGCAUAGCAUAGCUGCUUUUAGCUCUCAUGUUAUUUAAUACACAAACCAAUUAUAUCAUUGUUUUUUACUUUCUUUCAAUUGGGUACUUGCAACUCGAGGAAUAAAAAAUGGAAGUGAUUGUGGCAAGUCAUGUGAUUUAAAUGAGAUUUAAUUGUAUACCUGUAAGCGACGUCACUCGUGUGUGUCGACAUGAUUGGCAACUGAAUGGACAAAUGCCAUGAUUUACUUUGAUGACGUCACUUGCAGGUAUUUAAUUGAGAAAAAAAAAUCAUCUUAAACUUAGAAUUAAGUAUUUUGAGAAUAAAAUCUUAUAAAUUUUUGCUUUCAUGUAUUAUUGUUUCAAACUUUAACAGUUUAAACAUAUCUCUUGGGUUUGUAAGAUUAUUUAGUUUAUAUCUCAAAAUUUGCAUGAAUUGUAUUGUUCCCAAGAAAGCAGUUUUGAUUAAACUUUUUAAUUUAUUUCUUCAAUUUUAGUAUAAUAAAUUUUUAUUUGUAUCCCUGUACAUUUUUUUAAAUAUUUUAGUUUUGCUUUACAUUCUUAAGAAGGUUUUUUUUAAACUAAAAAUACUUUUGUUGAAAUUUUAACUAUUAUUUUUUUAAUCAACGAUGCAUAUAAGUUCAUCGAUUUGUCUAUGUUUAUGAAGUAUAUUUUAUAAGUAGUAUUUUAUACUUUUUUCCCAUUCAUACUUGAAAAUGUAUCGUUAUUAAAAACUUUUUAUGAAAA